UUACGCGCAUGGUCUUCCGGAAGUGGCGUAAGUGACCAUGACCUUCCUCUUUUCAGUCACGUAGACGAGACACACGGAUGGUCGCGAAAUGUAGGAGUAGAGAAAAAUCACUCCGCAAGGCGCCCAUAGUCUGUUACGCUGUUUUUAGCACAGUCAGGUUGAGAGGGAACAAUGGUGAAGUAUUUCAGCUGUGCAGGCUUUCUGAAGAGCUCAUGGGACCAAGUGUUUUUGGCAUUCUGGCAGAGAUACCCCAACCCCUACAGUAAUCAUGUUUUAACUGAAGACAUCAUAUUUCGGGAAGUCACUCCGGAGAACUGUCUGAUGUCCAGACGUCUCCUGACCAAAACAAGCAGAGCUCCUCGCUGGGCGGAGAAGUUUCUGCCUGCUCACAUGGCACAGAAGGCUUACAUCAUUGAGGACUCUGUAGUGGAUCCUCAGGGCAGGACCAUGACCACUCUCACCUGGAACAUCAGCCACGCUCGUGUGAUGAGUAUUGAAGAGCGUUGUGUGUACAGAGUGAACCCUGACAACAACAGCUGGACCGAGAUCAAGAGAGAGGCCUGGAUAUCUUCCAACCUGUACGGCCUCUCUAGAGCGAUUCAGGAAUUUGGUCUUGCCCGGUUUAAGAGCAGCAUUACAAAGACCAUGAAAGGCUUUGAGUAUGUCCUGGCCAAGAUGCAAGGUGAAAUGCCCACACGUACUCUGGCAGAAACCGCAACUGUGAAGGCACGUGAGACUGCACUCGCCGCCAAGGAGAAGGCGAAAGAUUUAGCCUCUCAAGCCCAAAAGAAGCAGUAUGUAUGAUGAGCGCACACGCCUGGAGGUGACGCGGUGUCCGGACUCUCCAGCACUUCUGAAAAGGGCCGUGUCAUUCCAUGGAUGCGAGAUGCAUUAAACCAGGAGCUGAGAAGAUCAAAUCAUGCCUGUCUGGAUUCUCAGAAUGCAAUUAGUGAAGCCAAUGUGCUCUUCGCCUGAAAUUCUCCAGUAAACUUGAUUUAAUACAGCACCAUCCUCCACCUGCCACUGAUUUUACAUGAGAUGUUUGCAUUUUUGCGAUUUGUUGAUGUAUUUCGAACAUGGCCUCUCUGAAUCGUCAUAUUCACACUUACGGAGGUCUGUAAUCUGCUUUGUUUAGCAAUGUGUUGCUUCAAAUUGAAGUUCUAUCUGCAUUGAUGGGUCCACGGUUCCAGCAGUCAUUGCCAGCGUGAUAUCUAGAGUUCUGCAGAGGAGUCUGAUCUUUGGCACGUGAGAGCAUAUGCCAGAAAGGUUUGCAGCGGAUGGACGGCAAUGUCCAAUUAAGUGUAAAAGUUGUCAAAAAAUGUCCAUUGUUGUGUGUCUGAAAGAAGAAAUGCAUUCGUUUAAUGAAACGGUAAGAUCGCUUAUGUAAUGUUUUGUAGCUCUUAAUUGUCCGUGAUCAGCAGGAAUUACCAAUAAAUAUUUUAUAUCUGA